GUAACUGUCAAAUAUUUGACAGUUGACCAAUUGAAAAUAUGGAAAUUUGUUUGUUUAUAGAUUUUGUAAAGGAAUUGAGAAAAUAGAUAUAAGUACCAGUAACAGAUAAGAUGGAGUUGCAGCUAUGUCCAUAUGUGUGUUCAAGUUCAGUCUCCACAGAUUUAUCAAAAUUUAUGUGAUGAAAUAAUGUAAAUAUUAGUUAAAUACGAAACCAAAUGUGAUAUUCCCCCAAAAAUGAACAGUUCUGAUUUGGCCCUCCCAAGUGGAAUAAAUUGGAAAGAGUUUGCCUGCGGAUGGGGGGCAGCAUUUAUAAACGUAACAGUAACCUAUCCUAUAAAUAAACUGAUUUUUCGACAGAUGCUUCAUGGAGUCAAGGUCGGGCAAGCAUUUUCGCAGCUAAGAAGCGAAGGUUUGUUUUAUCUAUACCGAGGAAUGCUGCCUCCUCUCUGCCAAAAAACUUGCUCGCUGUCCAUAAUGUUUGGUGUAUAUGAAGAAGUGAGAAGGCCUCUUCUGGAAAUUGGUUUCAACGAGUACACUGCUAAAGCCUUAGGAGCUUUAGUUUCGGGAACAACAGAGGCGAUUUUAAUGCCUUUCGAGCGAAUUCAGACCCUUCUCGCCGAUGCCAAAUACCACAAAGACUUGAAAAACACUCUGCAUGCCUUCCAGGUUGUACGGAGCUACGGAUUCGGGGAGUAUUACCGAGGGUUGACUCCCAUAUUAUUGCGAAACGGACCGUCCAACGUCGGAUUUUUCAUAGUGAGAGAUGAGGUUCAGAGGCGGAUGCCGAGAUACGAAAACGAAUUCGUUCGCAGUUUGACCGAAUUUAUGUGUGGGGCUAUGAUUGGUGUGGUGUUGUCUAGUAUUUGCUAUCCUUUGAACGUCUUGAAAAUUGCGAUGCAGAGUAAAGUUGGGGGGGCUUACGAAAAUCCGUUUGUGGUUUUACUUAGGAUAUACAGGGAAAGGGGAGGGAAAAUUCGUUAUAUUUAUCACGGUGUUCAAACUAAUUGUACCAGGGCUUUCUUGAGCUGGGGGGUAAUGAAUACAGCUUAUGAACAUUUGAAGGAGGUGGUUUAUGCCUAACGCAUCAACUUUGACAAUAUAUUGCAGGAAAACCAGAUUUGUGAUUGGUUCGAAUGGAACAGGAAAAUGAAUAGCCAAAUAUGCGAAAUCGUUUGUGUCUUUCAGUACCAAUAGAGGCAACUCAGACAACAAUGAAUAUCCAAUUCGGGUCAGUCCAUUUUGGUGGUCCAAAAUGGUGGCUUCCGGACAUGAAUUGGAUAUCCGGUGGAUAUUCAUUGGAUGUCUGACAGAAUAUCUAAAAAAAAUGCCAUAAGCAGUAACUAAGAAAUAACUGACACUCGAAAACACUUCUUCUAUACACCAGAACUGCAACACUUUUCUCAAGUUCAUUUCCUAGUGUUGGCAACUUGUGUUGGUGUAACAAGCAUAAAGGUGUUGCAGUAUGGUGUGUGGAAGCAGAGUUUUGCUUUGAAUUCCACGCCAAUAUAUAUAAUUUUUUUUAAAGCAAAUAUUGGCCAGAAAUUCAAGCACAACAGGCAUUUUGUAAAGGAUCAAAAGGUAUAUAUUGGCACUGAUAGAAUCGUUUACGUGCCGAUGGCAAUCUAAUUGCGAAAAUAGUCAACUUUUAUUUUUCUAUUUACGUGUUAUUUCGUCAUUUACAAUAUUUUUAAUGUUCCUAUCAGAGUAUUGUAACUUUAUAGCUUUUAUUUAUUUUCUCGAUGAUGAACUGAAGGUUUGAAUGAAUUUUGUUGAACGGUGAAGUUUGACAUUCAAUGUCUAAUGUGAAUAUUUGAAUCCUGAAAGCAGAAAUAUCUAGGAUCCAAGUUUUCAGAUUCAAAAUACUAUAAAAGGAACUCUUAGAAAUAUGCGAUUGAAGCUGAUAACUUCAUUCAGUGAAUUGUUACAUGUGCUAUAUGAUUUUUGAGCUCAUCAUUCAUUAAUAAAGGAGAUGUACAAUAGUUUGCGCUCUGUAUGGGAUUAUGUUCGCUGGAUUGCAGGAAAUAUAUUUUCAUUAUCUGUUAGUUUGUGUAGAACACCUCUGUUUUUAAUGAAUUGUGUGCUGUGGGAUUUUAAAAAUAAAGUAAUCUGUUGAAA